GCGCGCCUUUGAGGGCCCGCCUGUUGCCGGCUAUUCCUGGGCAGCGGCAGCAACAGCAACUACAACAGAACAGGGCUCGAGAUAGCAGAUCGAGCAGCUAUGACAAAAUCUCCCUGAACAGUCAGCAAAACGUCAACCAGAUCACUAUUAGUGGACCACGAGGGAUCAGGAACGGCACACCAAGCGUUCCAAUAGUUGAUUAAUCUCGGCGCCUGUGCCCUUCUGCAUCCACAAGUGAUUAGUGUGUCCCCGGUUUUUUGGUUUCGACAAGAUACUUGUGAAUGAAUGAAAUCAAUGUAUAGUGGAAUAGUAUCAUCAAAAUGUCAUAGCAGCCAAUAAAUACUACUUAGAUAUGGUAAAACGCGAACAUGGGUAAUAGCGGAAGCCACAAUUCAACUUUAGCAGAGCAACAACUACAUCAGUCAUGGGCGCAUUCAUUUCCGAGAGAUUUGCAACGAACUUCGCAAUUAAAGGUGCUUCCUGAUUUAGACGGUGGCGCUAGACUCAGGGUAACUAACAAUGGAAAUAUAUUACAUUCUGGUGGCACAAUCAGUGGCAGGAGAGAAGGAGGCACGAGUGUGCACAGAUCACGCAGCGUAUCAUCACAGCACCACCCUCAUGUGCCGUCAUAUCGUGAUCCUCUGCACCGUUCUCAGAAUCAUCUCAACCUGCAUGGAUCUGGUAGCUUUGCGGCUCAGGCCAAGCGAUUCGGUUCAGAGCCCGAUUUGCGCAUGAGUAAUAUUGUAGAAGAAUACAAUGCCGGGGCCAGGCAUCGAAUAUCCCGAGAAAAGAAAAAGAAAGGCAAAGCGCCGCCGCCUCCAACUCAAGAGUCAUCUCCGGAUUCAGAUAGGUUUGGACGGAAGGGCCAAAUCGAACCGGUCUCAGAUGCUCCAAGAAAACUACGAUUAUUCAAGACGCGUGCCGAGUCAAAGACAAAUAUUAAAAAAGAUUAUUUGCAAUACGAUAUUGGAAAACGAGAGUUGGACAGGGAAGACUUUAUUCCAGCUGAAGAAUAUGAUAAUUAUGAUCAAGACGCGUUUUCCCGGAAUGAUUUACGAAGAAAAAUCUCAAAUGAAGAACGACGUAAAGAAUUAAAUGAACGUAGAAGAUCUUCACAAGAAGAGCGAAUGAGGAUAUCACAAGAAGAUAGUAAAAAAUCUAUUCCAGAAAAUAGAAGACGAUCUUCGCAAGAAGAUUUUAGAAGAGCUAUAGUAGAAGAAAGAAAACAGUUUGAGGAAUUACGAAUUUUACCCAAAGAUGACGUUAAAAGAAUCGUUCCAGAUGAACGUAAACGAACUUCUAGAAUGGAUCUUAGGAGGAUACCUCGUGAUGAUCAUAAAAGGCGAGAAAGAGAAUCGCGCAGUCAAGAUAGAUUGACGAACGACUUUAUAAAAAGUGAGAGAGAAGAUAAAGUUUGGAAAAUGCCCGAAUUUGAGAUCGCUCGACCUGAAUUCAGACGUCAAAAGUCAUUUGAUCAUUCUCUUUACGGAGAAAAAUACAAUUCCAAAAAUGAUUUAAACUUUGAUUCUAAUGGCAAAUUCCGAAGCUCACUAGAAAGUAAUGCCAUUGUAAAAAAUAAUACAAAACAUAUCGAAGGAAUAACAGCGAAAAAAAAUAUUUCUAAUCUCAUCCCGAAUAAUAUAGCAAGCACGGAAUUUCAGAAAGAAUUAAAACUAGCAACGAAAUUGAGAUGUACAAAAGCUAAUGACGAACACAUAGUAGAAUCUGAUAAAGUAACCAAACAGUCGUCCGAUGCAAAAAAUAAAAGUAAAUUAAAGACAAUGGAUUUAGCGAAUAGAAAAAACAUUAAAGACCAAUAUAAAAAGACUAGUGAAUACUCAAGAGAAGAACAGAAAAAUAUUAAAAAUGCUGAAAUAAGGGGGCAGGCUUCGGGUAAGGAAUCAACACCAGGAAACUCACCAAGUAGAAUCGAACAGCAAAACAAUUGGGAGAGUUCGCCCAUAAUAAAAGCGAUACAAGAUCGCCCUCCCAAAACAUUUUACUUUGGUAUGGACGAACAAGACAAUAAUAAUUUAAGACCUGACGAUGUCGUAGAGCAAUUUGCAGCUAGUCUUAUGCAGAAAAAUCGUAUUCAUAGAAUUCCAGCAUCUUCAGAAUCGGCAUUAUCAAGUGAGGCUGAAGAUGACUUGCAGCUAAUGGAAGCAAAUACUCACGGUUUAGAUUUGCAAUUGCGACCGACUUUACCCAAAAAGCAGUUGGAGAUACCGCGGUUUAGUCCUGCGGCUGCUUGGAGGUUGCUGUCCAACAUUGAGGGUCAUGACGUAUCACCUUUAGCUACUGAAGAUGGCCCGAUAUUGGAAGACAGGAUCGAAAGAUUGCCUAGAAUAAAUCAAGCAGGUCCGCCCCACGACAAUAAAAGUGGUGACAGCGGAAUAUCUGGUGAUGCGGGACCAGUCGACAUAACGGAUUGUUCCAGAUCGCAGCACAUAUCAAAGAAUAUGAUGAGCACAGUUCGACCUGUGCUAUCGGCCUGGACCCCGCAGCAGGAUUUAGGAGAAGAAAGCAGUUCAGACGGCGGAUUAGACAGCCAGCAAUCUACUCCGACUAAAACACCAAUUGGAGUUUCUUCUAAGGCCCAUGUAUUUAGCCUAUCUUUGCCCAGGGAGAAUCACAUAGCAGCUUACACUGACAAGAACAAACAGCCCUACAAUAGUUUGCAAAAAAUUAAACGUUCCGUUUCUGGAGCAUUGAAUGGUGUAUUGUCGGCUCAGAGACCAGCCAGCGACAAUCCGAGCGGCGGGUCAGUUGGCAAUAACGGAUCUGCUAACUGGUACUUGAGUCGAUCGGCACCUACAAGUCUGGACAACGGUCAAAUGUCUCCGGCACAUUUGGACAAAUCUAGUGAAUCGCCAUCCGAUCAGGAUGAAGACAAUAAGCCUUUACCUCAGAGGCCGUUCAGUUACUUAUCUAAUCAUGUAAUGUACCUGCCAAUGCUACAAGCAUCAAAUAUUCAAGAGCAAAAAAGCAAACUACGAGCUUAUAAAUCUUUGGAGCCCGAUGUAGAUAUUUGGAACAGCAACAAUUUGGAUAAAAAUGAGAAUAUUUUAGGAUAUAAUAAAUUCCAGUACAAUAACGAAAAUAUCGAGACCAAAUAUAAUGAGAGAAAAAAUUUCAUAGAACAAGAAAUAAGAACUAGAAAUACAAACUACACAAAUGUGGAGCCCAAGAAAACAAGAACAAAAUCAAGAGAAGAACCAACAUAUACUCAUCAAAAGUUGAAUCAGAAUUUUUCAAAAUCGUGUAGUAAUUUAACAAACGAUUUGGAAGACCUUCAAGAUCCGCCAUCACAAAAUCAAAAAAGUGAAAAACCAAAAGGUAAAACUAAAAAAUUCACUUUCCAAAGCACAGUUCGACAAAUCGAAAGAAAAAGACUGGCAGAAAAAUUGUCAAGGGAAGCAGAGCAAAAAGAACAACAGCGCUUGGGCGAGCUCGAGGCUAUGAGAAGAGUUGAAGAAGAAUUUCAAAAGAAACGAGCGCGGGAAAAGGCUUCAAUCCGUCAGCAAUUAAGAAUGUACAAUUUGGGAGACAAAGAAUCAAAUAGUGUAUCAGCCACUUCUAGUCCAACGAGGGCAGAACCAGAUGGGGCAGUUUCUUCUCCAGCACCAUCACCACAAAACUCUUCAAGAGAACAUUUUUCAAAGACAUCACAAAUGUAUCAUAAUCAAUCUCAAAAUUCGAAAUACAUUGCUAACAAUCUCAAUACACAAUAUAAUGAUCGAAAGGAUAUUAAAUAUUCCAAAUACAAUGGCGAUUCUGAAAAGAGUUCCUUUAAAUAUGAAAAGGAAAACAAAGUCAAUAAUAAAUACGAUGAUCAUUCAAGACAUUACAAAAACAUUGACCAUGAUUCUGGUAAAGAAUAUGGGAGGAAAUACCGGGAAAAAACUGGAUAUGACCAUCAGUCACCUUACAUUUCAAAACUUGUUGAACAGAGAUCAAGCCAAAGGCGAGGAAGGGAAAGAAUGCCAACUACAGAGAUUCUUUCAGAAUUUCGUCAGCCUCGCAGAGAAUACUUAGAAUAUAGAAGUAGAGGGGAUUCACCAAGUACUCAGCAACUUAUUCACCCGCAAGUUGUUGGUAAUAUUCCAUCUUCUCGAAAUCCUCAGAUAUACCAUAAUGAUAUUCCUACAACCCCUUUAUCAGACAACUACCGCAAAGAAUUCGCUCGCGGUAGAUCAGUGGGCAGCUCUGACUCUGAACGAUCUAUGCCAUCAGUAACUGCAAGGCAACAGCAUAGAUCGAGGUCCGCAAGUCCAGAUAUUUCUAGAAACGAUGGCUCAUACACUAAUUCAGAUGGAGCAUCAACUGGAUGUAGGAAUGUAAAGAGCCGUAAUGCUGUAACCCGUCGAGUGAGUUGCAAUAGUAACCAAGAUAGAUAUAUGAAUGAUGAUAUAAUAGUGCCCAUGUUCAAAAAGAGGCCUAGUUUGCUUCUUUCUGGUAUCACAGAUUUUGGUCAAAGUCACACACUUCGUCCUUAA